AUGAGUAAAUCUGAAAUACAAAACGUCAAGAAAACUGAAUUUGAUCCUCCUAACGUUAUUGUUGGCAAAAAUAAAUCAGGAUUUUUUUAAUAGGCGACAUAUAAAAUAGGCGAUGUUUAUGUAGACCCAGACUAAAUCAAAAGAAACUAUGAAAAAGAAAAGAUAAAAAAAAGGAUACAUGAAGAACCAUUUAGAACCACAGGUUAUAAAUAAAUAGUUAGCAGUGCCUACAAAUACUAAGAAUAAAACAAAUAAAAGCUAGAUUUUAGAAAAUUAAGAGAUGAAGAUGGCAGGGUAAUAGUUGGAUAUGCUAAUAUAAAAACUGGGUAACAUUUAUUGAAUAAACUUAAAGUUAAUAAUAUUAAUAAUAAAUAAGUCCUGUGA